GUAACUGCUGUGAGAAAGCUAAUACAGAGGCUUUAAAUAACCACACACCAGCACAUAUCAAACUACACACAGAUAAACUCAGAUGCUUGUGACAGGGAAUGCACAACUGAAUCAUAAACAUCUCCACGAGGCAUUGUGGGGUUGCAUUAUGCAAUCACCAGCAUAGAGAUUAUCCAGUCAAGUGAGAUGGUUGGCCAGAGGGAGGCGCGGUGCAGCCUGGGUUCUGCAUUUGAAUAUAUAACAAUUAAUGAGGAAGUUUGACUGAACCCUUGUAGAGCUCAUUGGACAGCACAGGGACGCAAAGACGGCUUGCAACUAAACGGAGCAUCUAUUGACAAUUAUCUUGCAGAAGUCACUGCAUAUGUCAACUUCGCCGCUGGAAGGAGAGCGCCUAUCUUCAAAACAAGAGGAUAUUGCAUGCCGGCAGUGUGCAGCCCAGUGUCAUAAACACAAUGCACUGCUUUCAACGAGGCAUUCAACAAGGUUCGUUGUGAGACUUGCUCCCCUUUCAUCAUCACUCUGUGCGUCUCCUUCUUGGCGCUCUUUAAACUGAUCAUCAGUGGAAGUGCUCCCGAGCUGCAGGAGCCCAACUGUCACAUCCCUCCACCACUCAGAGUGUGCUCAGGCUGGCUGGCUGCUGCACAGGCACCAUGGAGCAGAAAGCACCCAAGGAUGACAGCCCCGCAAAGGGACAAGAGUCUCUGUCAUAUCAGCGGAGGAUGUGGAAGAAUUUCCAGGUGAAAACCAAGCCCUGGCUCAGUCCUAAACUGGGAUCGGAGCGUCGCGGUACCGGGGGCGCUGAGGGCUGCAAAAAGGAGUCUGGAUUAUGGAUGUUUAAGAGGAAAAAGAAACAGUUGGACCGGGUUUUUUCGUCGUCUCAGCCGAAUCUGGUAUGUUCCACGCCAGCGCCUUUUGAAGGAGAUAGCCAGACUCUUGGUAGCGAUGCGGUCCCGGGCACCAGCAGCGACGGGCAGCCUCUGCUACAUCAUCUUGGCGCAGCUUCUGGAGCCACGGGGAGCAAACCCGAGCUAACGGCGCACGGGAGCCCUAAACUCCCCGUCUCUCAGCUGAUCAUGUACCAGCAGAAGAGCUCCUCUCUCGGGUCGGCGUGCUUCGAGAAGCUGGUGGUUGACCCGGCUGCGGUGCUGGGAGAGGAUGAGCAGCUGCGUAAAAACGCAAGUGAUUCUGGCAUCAACAUAGUGGGGCCCAGUAAUGCAGAAGCCACUGCACGACCUCCCAGUCCAGCCAUGUACCAGCUGGACAUUAUCCUAAAAAAAGGGAACAACCUGGCUAUCCGAGACAGGACGGGGACCAGUGACCCAUAUGUGAAGUUCAAGAUUGCGGGGAAGGAAGUGUUCAGGAGUAAGACCAUCCAUAAGAACCUCAACCCGGUGUGGGAGGAGAGAGUUAGCCUUCUGUUGGAUACCCUGAGGGACCCGCUGUAUGUAAAGGUUUUUGACUAUGACUUUGGACUUCAGGAUGAUUUCAUGGGCUCAGCGUACCUCCACCUGGAGUCACUGGAACAUCAAAGGACACUGGAUGUGACGCUGGACCUGAAGGACCCACAGUACCCUGAAAAUAACCUGGGCAGUCUGGAACUGGCUGUCACGCUGUCGCCAAAGGAGGACAUGAAGGAUGCUACCAUGCUUUUGAGAAGGAACUGGAAGCGAUCUAGUAAGUAUCAGAGUAUGCGUCUGUCAGAUGUGCACAGAAAAGCCCAGCUGUGGCGAGGGAUAGUCAGCAUCAGUCUGAUUGAGGGUCGCAGCCUCCAGCCCAUGGACGCCAACGGCCUCAGCGACCCGUACGUCAAAUUCAGGAUGGGCCACCAAAAGUACAAGAGCAAGACCAUUCCCAAAACGUUGAACCCUCAGUGGAGAGAGCAGUUUGAUUUCCACCUGUAUGAAGAGCAGGGAGGCUACGUGGACAUCACAGUCUGGGACAAAGACGCUGGCAAGAAGGAUGACUUCAUGGGAAGGUGUACCAUCGACCUGUCACUCCUCAAUAAAGAACACACACACAAGUUGGAUCUGCGACUGGAGGAAGGCGAAGGUGUGCUGGUGCUGCUGGUUACACUCACUGCUUCCGCUGCUGUUUCCAUUUCCGACCUGUCCGUCAACAUGCUGGACGACCCGAACGAGAGACAUCAGAUCAUGCAGAGAUAUAAUGCGUGGAGAUCAUUCCACAACCUGAAAGAUGUCGGCGUGGUGCAGGUGAAGGUCAUCAGGGCCGAGGGACUGAUGGCAGCUGAUGUCACAGGAAAGAGUGACCCCUUCUGUGUAGUGGAGCUGAGCAACGAUCGGCUGCAGACGCACACUGUGUACAAAAACCUCAACCCAGAGUGGAACAAGGUCUUCACUUUUAACGUCAAGGACAUCCACUCCGUACUUCAGGUCACCGUUUACGACGAGGACCGAGACAGAAGUGCAGACUUCCUGGGAAAAGUGGCUAUCCCUUUACUAAAUAUCCAAAAUGGAGAACGCAAAGCCUACGCCUUGAAAAGCAAGGAGCUGACAGGGCCAACAAAAGGGGUCAUCUUUCUCGAAAUAGACGUGAUUUUUAAUGCUGUGAAGGCUGGUCUCAGGACAUUGAUUCCCAUUGAGCAGAAGUACAUUGAGGAGGAGCCUAGAGUGUCCAAACAGCUGCUGUUGCGCAACUUUAACAGAGUUAGGCGCUGCAUCAUGUUCCUGAUCAACGCAGGCUGCUACAUCAACAGCUGCUUUGAAUGGGAAUCUCCACAGAGGAGCAUCUGUGCUUUUGUGCUUUUUGUCAUUGUGGUGUGGAACUUUGAACUCUACAUGAUUCCUUUGGCUCUGCUGCUGCCUUUGGCCUGGAACUACUUCCUCAUUGCAUCAGGGAAGGAUACCAGACAAGACGUGCAAGCAGUGGAGGACCUUCUGGAGGAUGAGGAUGAGGACUUUGACAAAGAUGACAAGGACCGUAAACCAGGCCCCUGGGAGGACAGCCGUGAUAAAAACCAUAUCCUCGAGGAUAUGUUGGCUUCCUGGCACUUUGAGUGGAUACGAACGAUGGACUCGGAGAGAAAGGGUUUCAUCAACAAGCUUUAUGCCAUUCAGGACGUGUGCAUCAGCGUGCAGAAUGCACUGGAUGAAGUGGCCUCCUAUGGCGAGAGGAUAAAGAACACUUUCAACUGGACUGUGCCUUUUUUAAGCUGGCUGGCCAUCGUGGCUCUCGGAGUGGCCACCCUCCUCAUCUACUUCAUUCCGUUAAGAUACAUCGUGCUGGCCUGGGGUGUUAAUAAAUUCACCAAAAAGCUCCGAGACCCUUACACUAUUGAUAACAACGAGCUGCUAGAUUUUCUGUCCAGAGUGCCCUCAGAUGUACAAGUGGUGCAGUACCGAGAGCUGAAACUGGAUCCCAAUCCCAGUCCAAAUAAAAGGAAGAAAAACAACCCCGGGUAGAUGACUGUGUCCGCCCACCAACUUCUCUCUUCUCCACUUUUCUUUCCGUGGUCUAUUACUGGACUCUGAGGAGCAGAGGCAGACCAGCUCUGCUCAACUAUUCUUCCGUUUUAUCUCUCCCUUUUUUUUUUUUCUUCUCUUAACCUUUUUAUCAGUCUUUACUUACUCAAAUGUUAUGGUACAGUUUCCUGGAGUGUAAUUUUUUGUAUGAAAAAUGCAGAGUACAAGAAAUGUCUUGAAUUAUUUCUAUCCCUGUUAUGCUUUUGAUUGAUUUUUAAAGUAUGGAUGGAAUGACUUUUUUUUUCUCUGCCGUGUGAGCCUCUCUCCUCCUUUUCUUGCUUUCAUCACUCAAAGAGUUCGGAGGACUCCGUCCAUAUUCCUGCCACAAGUGUCAAACAAGUGACAAGAGUUUAAACAUUUAACGUACCAAACCGACUUUUUUUCAGCGAGUCCUUGUUUAUCAAAAUACAAGCCUUAUACAUUCUGAAGCAUUAUCACUCUGCAAUAGACUCUUAUUGUUGUUAUUCAAUGAUUUUGGUUAUAUGUUCAUUUUUCUAAUUGUUUUUGCACUGGAGUAUCUCCCUUGUUUUUUUUCCCCCUGGAUGCGAUGAUGUUACUUUCACAGGCAGUAAUUUGAAAUGUUUCCACUUUACUCAGCCGGCCAAGUUGAUUAACAAUUAUGGUGUUAGCCUGCAGACAUGUCGUUCCACGGGUACAGGAAACUGGACCAAUAAGUUGAAGGCUUGUUGUGGUGUCUGUCUGUAUAAACACGACGGCCAAAUGAGCUUUUUCUUAAAAAAAAAAGAAGAAACACAAACAACCUAAAAAAAAAAAAAAAAAUCUACAGUGGAUGGUUGUAAAAGUGCAAAGUAGAGCAAGUACUGUAUGUGCUUUAUAAAAUAAAAUCAAAAGUGUCAUUACCAACAUUACCCAAAGAGGAAAAGAAACGGAAUUUAUGACCUUUUUAUUGUGACUUAAUGUAAAGAAAUGUCACUGCAGCUACAUGUAACCCCCUUUAAGACAACCCCCCAGCUGUCAAUCAGUGAGACACCUCCUCUGUCAGUCGAGAGGGACAUCAGACCGGGAUCUUCUGCUGUCGUGGUGUUAAUAUAGAUGUCACCCAGUCUAUGCAGCGACGCCAGGCAGUCAGGCCUUUAGGCAACCUCUGCUCUAAUCUUGUUUGAAAGGCUGGUCCCCUUUCCUCAUGUCUCCCUGUGCAGCCACACAGACACACACACACAUAUGCACAAACACACACAC